GUGAAUGACCCAGAUGCAGAGCUGUGGGUGGUGGUGUAUGCAAUACCUGCAGUACUGGCUCUGCUUGUUGGAUUUAACCCUCUUAUCACAGGUAACUUUAUUUGGAAGAGUGUCUCUGCCAUGCACAUAAUCUUUUGUGUGGUGUGGGCUGCCAGUUUGGCGUACUACCUCUUGCUUCAUGCACAACAGAACAUCUUACAUGAGGAAGAAGGCAGGGAGCUGUCUGGUCUGGUGAUUAUCACAGCAUGGAUGUGCCUGUGCCACAGCUCAUCAAAGAAUCCAGUUGGUGGAAGAAUUCAAUUGGCUAUUGCCAUUGUUAUCACUCUUUUCCCAUUUAUCUCGUGGGUCUACAUAUACAUAAACAAGGAAAUGCGGUCCUCCUGGCCAACUCACUGCAAGACAGUAAUUUAAAUGAAAUCAAUAAUCCUGUUUUUAUAAUGAAUAUUUUCAAUCAGUCUUUUAUAAACAUUGGGGUAACAAGCUAGUUUCCCAGGAGUUUAUUUCAGGUAACUUGAGCUAACACUACAGAUUAAGUCCUAAAUAACGUUUUAAAGCUGCCUACAGUACAGUGUAAGAUUGGAUGGGACUAGUAAGAGACAGGGUCUGACAUUCUCUGGAAGCCUUUUCUGAAGGGUAUUGUGUCACGAUGCAGUAGAAAAGGCACUUGAACAAAAGCUAAGAAAUAUGAGUUCUAGUUCAGCUUCAUCUCUAUGUAACUUGGGCAAAUAAACUGCCUGGUGGAUAUUUCCUUAUGUAUAAAGUAGGACUAAUCACAGAUGUCGUACUUACUUAUACGGUUGUAAGGAUCAAACUAGAAAAUAUGAGAGUACCCUGAAAAUAUGAAGUGCUUGCA